CCGCACUCCCCGAAAUGGCCAAGGAAUACAUCCUCACUCUCUCACGCCCCGACUGGUCGGGCAUGUCCACGCCGUCACUGGCUUCCUGGUGCAACAUGAUUUCAACAUCGACUCACAGCAAUUCGGCGACCCUUCCAAGAAAUUUUUCAUGCGCGUGCAUUUCGCGGGCACUGAUGUCACCGAUCUGAAAGCUGCCUUCCAAGAGACGGCCGACGCAAUGAACAUGGAGUUCGAUCUCCGAACCGUCGCGAAAGACUCGAGUUCUCAUCAUGGUCUCGAAGGUUGGACACUGCCUCAACGAUCUUCUGUUCCGUCAACCCCAGCUAGGAAUGGACAUCCCUCUCAUUAUUUUCAAUCAUCCGGACUUCGCACCCCUCGCUGCGACAUACAGCAUCCCAUUCCACCACCUCCCUGUGACGGCAGCAACCAAGGCCGAGCAAGAUUGUGGACCUCGUCAAAGAGCACAAGAUCGAUCUCAUUGUAUUAGCUCGAUACAUGCAAGUCCUCUCACCGGCUCUGUAUACUGCAAUGUCUGGCAAGAUC